CCGUGGCAGUUCUCUUUCUGUUCAAUGUGUGGGACUUGUUGUUGUCACCCCGAGCUGACUCGGGUGUUCCUCGUGGCUGUCAAACUGAAACCGCUUUAACAUUAACCCAAAGUAAACAGACAUAGGCUACUAUCAACUUUUUUUUUUUGUAACUCUGAAACUGGACAAACCGAACAACUCCCACCGUUACUUAUAGUUGCUCGAAACUUGCAACAAAAUAAAGGGAAAGUAGCGUGAGUUUGAGCUCUUGAAUCUCACACUGUGCAUCUAACGGGACGUCUGGUGUAGGAGCGGAGCACGAAGAGGUGUAGUCUCCAUUCAUCCUUUGCUGGGUUGCUGCCACCUGCAAACAUGACGCGAAGGUCCUGCGCGAUUUAUGCGGUGGGGCUCAUCUGCGCUUCCCUGCUGGUCGUUGGGCUUGGCUUAAUCGUGGGUCAAGUUUUCCGUACCUUCAUGCAAGAACGCCUGAAAAAGGAGAUAGUGUUGGUAGAGGGCAGCCGUGUGUUUGAGUCAUGGAAAACCCCUCCCCCUCCCGUCUACAUGGAGUAUUUCUUCUUCAACGUGACCAAUGUGGACCAGUUCCUUAAAGGGUCCAAGCCAGAGGUCACUCAGGUCGGACCCUACACGUACAGGGAGUACAGGUAUAAGGAAAAUGUGACCAUGGUGGAAAACGGCACCAGAGUGUCCGCCUACAACACCAAAAGCUUUGUGUUCCUGAGUGACAAGUCUGUGGGUGACCCAACUGUUGAUAGCAUCACCACUGUCAACAUCCCUGCUUGGGCUGUGAUGGAGAAGUUGAAAAAUAAUUUCUUUAAAGCCUCGUUUAUAUCCAUCAUGAUGAACAAUUUGGGGAGCGGCCUCUUCACCACGCGCACCGUGGAUGAGUUGCUGUGGGGCUACGAAGACCCCUUACUGGCUCGCCUUUCUUCCUCCAGUCCUGAUGUGGAGAAAGUCUUUGGCCUCAUGUACAAGAAAAAUGGAACUAAUGACGGGGAGUUUGUCUACCACACUGGGCAGCAGAACUACAUGGACUAUGGCCGUGUCGAAACAUGGAAAGGCAAAAGCAAUGUGUCGUUCUGGACGUCGACUCAAAGCAACAGCAUCAACGGAUCAGAUGGAAGUGCGUUCCAUCCUCUGUUGAACAAAGACGAACGCCUUUACAUCUUCACUCCAGACCUCUGCAGGUCCAUCUACAUGGAGUUUGAAAAAGAGGUAGAGGUGAAAGGAAUCCCGGCCUAUCGCUUCACCCCACCUCGCUCCGUCUUGGCCAGCAAAGAGGAGAACCCAGCCAACGAGGGUUUCUGCAUCAGCCCACAGGAGUGCCUGGGAACGGGCCUUCUCAAAGUCAGUCCAUGUCGGAAAGGAGCCCCGGUGGUCGCCUCCUUCCCUCAUUUCCACCUGGCAGACCCUAAAUAUGUGUCAGCCAUCGAAGGAAUGUCCCCUCAAGGAGAGCAUCACCAAACCUACCUUGACCUCAACCCGACCACUGGAGUGAUUGUACGUGCAAACAAGAGAGCCCAGGUGAACAUCCUGAUGAACAAAAUCUCUGGAUUCGCGAAAACUAGAGCUUUGAAAGAAAUCAUCUUUCCUGUCAUGUUCCUCAAUGAGAGUGUGGUAAUCGAUGACGCGUCUGCAGCCAGAGUGCACAAGCUGCUCCUCAUCGUCACCCUCGUGUCUAACUUCCCGCUCAUCAUCGUGGGAAUGGGUGCCAUCAUGCUCGCCGUCUUCAUCCUCCUUCUGUACCGGUCCCGACAACAGAAGAAUGAAGCUAAGCGCGUUGUGUUUACCAAGGCUCUCUAUGCUACCGCUACUGAAGACGAUACUUCCUACUCUCCGGUCAGCGACAAGGAAAAAGACGACUCGCAAAACGGAACCUACAUCGGUUUGACCGCUAAAGCAGACCCCCAAGCUUGAGGGGAGGGUGGUGGGGGGGGG